CCCUCAAAGUCGAAGCCUCGAAUCGAACCCGACCCGCCGCAACACAGCACUCCACAUGGCUUCCUCCUCGCCGGCGUCGGCGGCGGCCAGGAAGCGCGCGCUGACGGAGCAGCGGUUCUCGGAGCUGACCCCGGCCCUGUCCCCGGAGGUGGUGAAGGCCCUGAGGCGCGGCGGCUUCCGGCGGUGCACGCCGGUGCAGGCGGCGACCAUCCCGCUGCUGCUGUCGCACAAGGACGUGGCCGUCGACGCCGCGACCGGCUCAGGCAAGACCCUCGCCUUCGUAGUCCCCGUCGUCGAGAUGCUCCGCCGCCUCCCCUCGCCGCCCAAGCCCCACCAGGUUCUUGGCAUCAUCAUCUCUCCCACGAGAGAGUUGUCCUCGCAGAUAUACAAUGUGGCGCAGCCCUUCUUCGCGACGCUGAAGGGCGUGUCGUCCAUUCUCCUGGUCGGUGGGCUGGACAUUAAGGCAGAGCUCCAGAAAGUCGAGGAGGAGGGCGCAAACAUACUGGUGGGCACUCCUGGGAAGCUGUUUGAUAUAAUGGAGCGCUUGGACACUCUGGAGUACAAGAAUCUUGAGAUUUUGAUCUUGGAUGAGGCAGAUAGACUCUUGGAUAUGGGCUUUCAGAAGCAAAUUACCUCCAUUAUUUCAAAACUACCAAAGCUACGGAGAACUGGGCUUUUUUCAGCAACUCAGACAGAGGCUGUCGAGGAGCUGGCAAAAGCAGGGUUGAGGAAUCCUGUGAGGGUCCAGGUUAAGACGGAGGUGAAGCCAUCGAGUAAAGAUGCUGUUCAGCAAGACCUUGGUCUGUCCAAAACACCGCUGGGGCUCCGGUUGGAGUAUAUGAUAUGUGAAGCAUCAAAGAAGUCAUCGCAGCUUGUUGAUUUCCUUGUUCGUAACACUGGAAAGAAAAUCAUGGUCUAUUUUGCAACAUGUGCCUGUGUAGAUUAUUGGGCUGUUGUUCUUCCAAUGCUGAACUUGCUUAAAGGUUCUCCAAUAAUACCUUACCAUGGGAAGAUGAAACAGGGCCCUCGUGAGAAAGCUUUGGCAUCAUUUUCUGCUCUUUCAAGUGGUAUUUUAGUCUGCACUGAUGUUGCAGCAAGGGGACUUGACAUACCGCAUGUUGAUCUAAUUGUGCAGUAUGAUCCACCCCAAGAUCCCAAUGUUUUCAUACAUAGAGCAGGCCGUACUGCCCGUUAUGAUCAAGAGGGAGAUGCUAUUGUAUUUCUCUUACCGACGGAGGAUACUUAUGUUGAAUUCUUAAAGCUUCGAGGUGUUCCUCUCAUGGAAAGGGAGUGUUCCACGGAUAUUGUAGAUAUCGUGCCACAGAUUAGAGCAGCUGCAUUAGAAGAUCGCAAUAUCAUGGAGAAAGGGCUUAGAGCUUUUGUCUCAUUUGUUCGAUCAUACAAGGAGCAUCACUGCUCAUACAUUUUCAGGUGGAAAGGACUUGAAAUCGGAAAGCUGGCCAUGGAGUAUGGCUUACUCCAGAUUCCAUCCAUGCCAGAAGUGAAGCACAAUUCACUUUCGCUAAAGGGAUUUAUUCCUAUUGGCAAUGUCAAUUUUACACAAAUCAAGUACAAGGAUAAAACUCGAGAGAAACAACGCCAGAAGGUAUUGAAAAGAAAAGCGGAAGAGCUAGCUCAAGAGCCACAAAUUGAAGAGAAGCGGAAACCUCGUGAGAAGCCACCGACGCGCAAGCAGACGGGUAAGCAGCGGCAAACAGUCCAAACCAAAGAGGACAUGGAUGAGCUGACGCAAGAGUACCGCCUCUUGAAGAAGCUGAAGCGGGGUGUGAUUGACGAAGAUGAGUACGAGAAACUCACCGGUUUUGGAGACUCUGAUGGCGGAGGUUCUUCGGAAGACGAUGCGGCUGGCAAGGAGAAAGGCAAGGAAAGGCGCAGCAAGGAGCAGAAGAAACUCAAGCAGAGAGGAGGAAGGGCAAGAGGGACCAGGAAAUUUGAAGGCGACAGUAAAAUGAAAAGCAAAAGGAGAUGAAAAUGUAUACUAAAGAGUAUCUUUUGAAGAAAUUUUGCCAGUUUAGUGUUUUUGUGUUGGCCUAGUUUCAUGCAAAUGCAAUAUUCAUGUACGAAAGAAAAUGAAAUCUGAUGCCAUAUGCCGGCGUGGAACAGGUUUCCAUGCUCCCACAGAAUCGAACUGAUUCAUCCA